AUUUCAGUAGAUGUCAGUAUGCAGUCAUAUCAAGUGAUAAAGAGUUUAAAGUCUAAUAUAUCUUUAGCCUAUAAUGUUCAAUAAACUCUUUCAAAGAAGUAAUUGAUGUUGACUUUUCUCAUCCUAAACGAAAACCUAGAGGCAACUAGAAAGUGACAAGUGUUGUCUGUGCUUCAAGGAUUCAAUCCAUUCUUUGACAGAUUACAGAUUAUUACUUCAAACCGGCAUCAUGGAUAACAGAAGUAUAAGAAAUGAAAUAAAAGAACCUAUAUGCAGCUGCAAAACCAAUCGCAAUUAUUUGAUUAUGUUGACAUUAACAAUUUUCCUCAUUCUUUUUUCGGAAAUAUUUCUUUCGGUGUUCAUUUAUGCAUUGAGGACUGAAUUAUCUAAAGAUACUAAAUCAUAUCAAGAAAAAUAUGAACAUAUCCAGCAGGAAAUUUCAGAACUCCAAACAAAAUUCGAUAGAAGUAUGGGAUAUAUAUCUGGGCAACCUGGAACAAAUAGAAAAACUCGUGAAACCUAUUCACAAGUACCUUACUCUGAGAGCUACUUCGAAAAAAGGAAUCAAAUGGUUAAGGAAUACUCAGAGCUUUGUAUGGUAGUUAAAACCUACUGCCCCCUAUUAACAAAUAGCAUUAGUCAGGACGGUCAUGAGACAUCGAGUCAGUUUGCCAUACCAAAAUUAGAUGAUCAAGAAGCGAUUCCAGGCCACAAAGGACUAUCCGACUAUCAUAGGAAUUAAUUUCCAUUAAUUGUGAGUUCACUCUAUAAGCCUAGAAAUGAAAAUAUAUCUAUUUACAGCACCUUGAAACAGUGGCGCGGUGUGUUGUUCCAUAUCUGCAGUAAGAGAACAGAUAGGAAUAUAUUUUUUAUAAUGUUAAUUUAUUACUCAAGCUCGACAUAAUAAACAUUUUGUUUUUCAUAAAAA